CACGCGCCUGCAUUCUCAGUCAAGUCCGCGGCUGCUAGCUAAGAGUUAUUGCGAGUAAAUAAACUGCGGGCUCGUCGACGCUCGACUCUCGCGAUCCGUCACAACAUUUAUAAUCGUGUACACGCGAGCUGUGUGCGCGCGUGAGAGUGCACGAACGCAUUAUAUGUAUAGGUAUAAUACGAGGCGCGUAAGUGCUGUUAUCUGUCAUUGAACGAUGUAGUUGAAUGCCUAUCUCGUGCUGAUCCCGCUCCCGCCUUAUUGCCAUUGAGAGAUAUAAGUAUACAUAACGCCGAAAAUUAAUGCAAUUAGGCGCAUAUGCAGACCGAAUUGCGCUCGAGAGAUCAAUCGAGAUCAUCGUCGAUUCAUUAUAUCGCAAAAAGCAGGAGCUUUGCCGAGAGAGAAAGCUUUCCUCAAGCCCGGAAAAAUAAAGAGAGCAGAUUAGAGCUUGUAUAAGCAAUUUGCUGUCUUUUUCCGUCAUCGUCGCGAAAGUUUACACACGGACGCGCGCACACAUGGAGCAGGAACGAUGGUAUUUUCAUUGGCUCGACUGGACGUUCUUUGCGUUCAUGCUAUUGGUAUCGGCCGGAGCUGGUCUUUGGCAUUACAGGAAGGUCCGACAUGCAAAUACGGAGGAUUAUUUACUCGGCGGAAAAAGCCUCAAACUAGUUCCCGUCUCAGCCUCGCUUGUCGCUAGUUUCAUAUCAGGAGUGACGAUACUCGGCACACCCUCGGAGAUCUACAAUUUCGGCACGCAGUACUGGAUCACGGUGAUUUCGAUGAUUUUCGCCGGUAUAACCGUUGCCAAUGUUUACCUGCCCGUCUUCACAACCUUGAAGUUGAAUUCAGCUUACGAGUAUCUCGAGCUACGAUUCAAUCGAAGUGUCAGAAUAUUGAUAUCGCUCAUCUUUGUUAUCGACGUGGUGAUGUUUCAAGCAAUCGUUGUUUAUGUUCCCGCUUUAGCUCUAAGUCAAGUGAGCGGCAUUGAUAUCCACGUGAUCAGUUGCUUAGUGUGCGUAACGUGUGUGUUUUACACGGUUAUGGGUGGUUUAAGAACCGUCGUUUGGACGGACACGCUUCAGGUCGUCGUGAUGGUAGUGGCUGUGGUGGUCGUCACAGGCUUGGGCACUUAUCAGGUCGGCGGGCCGACGGCCGUUUGGCAGCGAGCUCUCGAAGCCAAGCGCGUCGAGUUUUUAAACUUCGACUCGUCGCCGUACACUCGACAUACGGUUUGGACGGUAUUGAUUGGCUCUUGGGUUUACUGCACGGCCUACAUAUCCGUCAAUCAGACGAUGGUGCAACGAUAUCAAUCGCUCUCGAGCACUAAAAUCUGCAAGCAAGCUAUAGGCCUGUUCACCUUAGGCGUCAUAUUGUUCAUCUCGCUAUGCUGUUGGUGUGGUUUGGUUCUUCUAGCUUGGUGGGCGCCGCCAAAGUGCGAUCCAAGAGCCACGGGCGAUAUCUUUGCCGAUGAUCAGAUGCUGCCGGCUUUUGUCAUGGAAAUUGCCGGCAAUUAUCAUGGCAUACCGGGACUCUUUAUAUCAGGGAUUUUUGGAGCAGCUUUGAGUUCUUUAUCGGUUGGUUUAAACUCCACGGCCGUUGUUCUUCUAGAAGAUUUCGUCAAAGGCUGCUUCAAAUUAAAGCCGAACGAGAAAUGGGCAACUGCUUUCGUGAAAACCGCCAUAAUCGUUCUUGGAUUAAUGGCCUUGGCAUUAGUAUUCGUCGUUGAAAAAUUAGGCGGAGUUUUAUCGGUUACAAAUAGUUUAGCCGCUAUAGCUGCUGGAGUCUCAUUCGGAGUCUUCACUCUUGGCAUGUUAUUUCCAUGGACCAAUUCUAAGGGUGCAUUUUCCGGUGCUGUGGCAGGCUUUAUCGUGGCCGGCUGGGCUAGUUUAGGAGCUAACGCAGCGAUUGGAUCCGGUUUGAUAAUACCGAAAAAAUUACCCGUUGAAGUGUCUCACUGCACGAAUGUCACUCAAGAUUUUCAAGACAUGUUCAAGCAUGUUGACGAAGACGAUAUUUUCCCACUCUACCGACUUUCUUAUCAUUGGUUUUCGGGUCUUGGAUUAAUUGUUGUCAUUAUCGUUGGCUUGGCUGUCACAUGGUUGACAAAACCUUUGGAUCCUGCAUCCAUAAAUAAGGAUUUACUUUCACCAGUUAUUCACAGAUGGCUGCCUGAGUCUAGAGUGUACAAUGAAGUAGGCGCGUGGAGUCGGGAAAAUAGAGAUGGUCAAUUGAGCGUGGCAAUGGAUACCCUUUCCAGCAAUGCACUAACAAAAAGUUUACCAACGACUAGUCAAGAAAUACCGAAAGAUGACACUAGUUCCGAUUGACGCUCCAAGAAUGUUUGAAAAAUGAGAUUUUUCAUAGCAGUUAAAUGAAAGCUUUUUGCAAGCUCUCUAUACUUUUCGUUUUCUGAUAGACGAAGUAUUAAGUACUUAGUUCGAUUUCGAAUAGAUCGAUCUUAUACAACACAACGGAAUAUUCAAUCUAAAAUUCCUAUUUUGAUGAACUUAGGUAAAUUAGAUUCGAUUUUAAAUAAGUCGAUUUAGCACAGCAUAAUAGAAUAUUUAAUCUAAAAUAAUAACUAGUUUUGAUGAACUUAGAUAAAUUAGAUUAGCAUCGCAGAAUCGGUAAUACACAUGCAUAUUAAACGAAGGCUGUAAAAUUUUAUUUUAUUUUUAUAAAAUAAUACAAAAAUGUUUAGUAACUUUUAUACAGCCAACGAGGGGUUGAGCUUUUUUAUACUAUAAAUUAUAUUAUGUAGAAAAAUAAUAACUAUGUAAAAUAAAC